AACAUGCCGUGCUGAGCGAUUCAACAACGAUGUCCGACAUACUGAUGAUGGAAAUGGAGAGCGUGUCGAUCAGCGGCCCGGUGAAGGCGGAGGAGCGUCCGGCGGACGGCGCCGCGAGCUUCCUGCUGGUGGACGAGCAGGAAAACCUGCAGGUCCGCGAUGAGUCCGACUUCGUGGACAGACUUUGCUGCGGGGACGUGGCCGGAGUCAAGGUGCUCUCCAUCUUCGGCAACACCGGCGACGGCAAGUCCCACACCCUCAACCACAUCCUGUUUGGUGGCAAGAGCAUGUUCUACACCUCCAAGUCCCCCAGCUCCUGUACGGUGGGAGUGUGGGCGGCGUAUGACCCUACACUCAGCCUGGUCGCCCUGGAUACUGAGGGUCUCUUGGGGGCUGCAGCCAAUCAGAACCAGAGGAUGAGGCUGCUGCUGAAGGUGUUGGCGGUGUCUGAUAUAGUCGUCUAUCGUACACGGGCAGAGCGCUUGCACAACGAUAUGUUCGUCUUCCUGAGCAGCGCCUCGGGAGCCUACCUGAAACACUUCACCCCAGAGCUCAGGGACCUCUCCAGCCGAUGUGGUCUAGACGUGCCCCUCUCUUCUCUUGGGCCUGCCAUUAUCGUGUUCCAGGAGACGACACACACCCAGUUGCUCGGUCACGAUUCUAAGUUGACUGGCCAUGCUGACACGCUGCUCCAGAAACGUUUUCACGACCUGGGCUUGGGGACGGAGGCCUUCAGCUCGGUGCAGUAUGUAGGCACCCAGACCAUCACACCUCCCACUGACUACAGCAAGCUGCUGGAGGCCGUCAGGCAGCAAGUGAAGAACACUCACACACGCUCCCCCAGACAGCCCGGGAUAGUGUUUCGUGCUCUGGAAGCCCUAAGCGAGCGUUUCUGUGGGGAACUGUCUGAUGACAAGAUGACCAUGUACUCCUUCUUUCCAGACGAGUACUUCACCUGCUCCGCUGUCUGCCUCAGCUGCAACAUUCGCUGUAAAAACGGAAUGAACCAUCUGAGAGACAGGGUCCCCCACAUGGCAGAUGGACUGUGCCAGUACGCACACCAGUACAACAACAAGGUCCUCAUCUGUAAGCGGUGCUAUGAAGGAGGCAGAGAGGUGAUUGUCGUGCCCAAGACAUCGGCUUCCAGUGACAACCCAUGGUUUGGACUGGCCACGUAUGCCUGGUCGGGGUAUGUGUUGGAGUGUGGCAACUGUGGUGUAAUCUACCGCAGCAGACAGUACUGGAUGGGAAACCAGGACCCUGAGAGCGGCGUGGUGCGAUCUGAGGUCAAACAUGUCUGGGAGGGGUCGGACACAUUUCUGACGACCCACCAGAACGCAGCCCAGAGGGUCCUGGAUGGGAUGAACUUCGUGAUCCAGUCAGUGUCAGAAUACAGCACAGGCCCCAUCAACACUGUCACUGACUGGCUCACUGACCAGGUGGCGCCGCCGUACUGGAGACCCAACACAGAGAUCACUGCCUGUCAUGGCUGCAAGAAGGUGUUCGUGGAGGCAGAGAGAAAGCACCACUGCCGGUCAUGCGGCGAGGGUUUCUGUCAUCCCUGCUCUAGCCACAGGAUGCCGGUGCCAGAGAGAGGCUGGGGCAGCGGGCCCGUCAGGGUGUGUAAGGCCUGCUACCGUCAGGGAGGACCAGGUGACACUAACAGCCAAGUGUGUAAGGUGGAGCCUCGCGGUCUGAUAGCUCGCAGGGUGACGGAGGUGGCCCAGUCCACGGUUCACAUGGUCACCACAGCUGUGGACUAUCCUCUCUGUUUUGUGAAAGACGUGGCCCGGCCAGACUACUGGGUGCCAGACCAGGACAUCACUCAGUGCCACCAGUGCUCCAAAACGUUCACUCCGGCAAUGUCCAAGCACCACUGCAGGGCCUGUGGCCAGGGUGUAUGCGGUCCCUGCUCCACACACAUCAGACCCGUGCCCUCUCGAGGCUGGGACCACCCAGUCAGAGUGUGUGACAGCUGCCAUGCCCGCACAGAUAGUCUGUGAGCCUUUCUUUUUUUCUUUUUUUUUAAACCAGGAGAACUUCUUAAAGCGCACUCAGUCUUCCUCAGAUGAUCCACACACAAACCACUGUGAAUCCUGGCACUGUCGCUACGAGAAAACACAGAGGGUCGAUCCUAACGGCACUAAAUGCUAAAACUGGAAUCAGCUUCAGUUUUGCGUGAAAAGACAGGAUGUUUUGAAGCUUAAAGUGGUCGCCACCUGGGCGUGACCUAGCAUCGGCUUUUCAUCUCAUCUGCCUGCCUUUACCAACUGAUUCUGCAGCAGUCACUUACAGCCCCACUGCACCAGUCAAUCUGCUCUAAAAAACCAACUGGACGUGCGAUUUUAACUUGUGGAAAUGUUUUAAAACCGACACACAACUCCUCUCAACUCUCAUUAGGACAGCAGAGCUUAAAACUCUGAACUGAACUCAAGUGUGGUCUUCCUUGUGUUUGCAUGGCCCUGCAAAAGUAGUAAAACAAAGGGAUGCACUGGGAAUAAUGUGAGAUUUUAAACUUAAAGGGAUUUUAAAAGCCACCAAAAAGUAGAGAACACGUGAGCUGAUUUAUCCUCCUUUUUCUGAAACAUCUCUCUCUCUCUCUGGGGCAUGAAAGUUACGGACAGUGUGUGUGACUGUACUCCAGGCAGAAUGAGAUACAAGAUGAAGAAACACGAGAUACAGCAGUGUGUGUGCCUUCACGGGAGUCUUAAUUCCCAAUUCCAAAGCCCCUCAGGCUCGCUUUUUGGGGAGUAAUGAGAUUAUUUGUGCCUAAUUACAGAGCACUGUAAUUUACAGCCUCAGAUCUAACCCUUACAGUUGUAUCUACAAUAGGGUGAAAUUGGUAGGAAAAGAAAAUGUGUAGCACAUUAUAGACAUUCCACUGUAUGGAAAUACCUGUGUACUGAUGUAGACUUACCAUUCUGAGGUUCUUAUAGAAAGUGAGCACUCUCUUGAGCCUCUGAUGCGUCAGAAAGCUCUCAGUAUAAUGAAUACCUGCGCUAGACUGAACAAUUGAGUUGUUUUGCUAUGCGAAAGGCACUCAAAUAAUUUGCAAUGUAAAGCGCAAAUUAUACACUUGUUGAUGGAAAAUGACACUUUCCAUCAAAGGGACUUUCUCCGCGUAAUAUACUGGAUGCAUUAAUGCCAUUUAUCUCUCUGUCUAGAAAUAAUCAAUUGAGUUUUCCAGUGAAAUCUAGCAACUGACAAUCUUUAUUUUUUUCUUUCAUAAAUCAAACUUCAAAUAAAGACAACAAAGAAAAUAUUUAAUCUCUACAGAUGUAUUCUGUCAUUUCCCACCUUCACUCUCUAAUCUCUGCCUCAAUGACAUUCAUGUUUUAUUUGCACGAACGGGGAUUCAAUUUUGUCGCAAACGUAAUUAAAUGACACAAAGACAACAUGGCAACACGUGGCUCAAAUAAUUAUUAACCUGCCAAGUAAUGAAAAAUCAGUGGAUAAUUACACAGCAGGGUUUGGUAAAAUUGAAUUCAUUUUUUAUUGUUCUUUAUAGCCAGUGUUGGAAAAUAUACAUCUCUGACAUGUUUAUAUUCAGAGCAGGAGAGAUAAAAGAAAUGUGCUGAUCGUCCGUGCGUCCUAAUCAACAGUACCUCUGUAGCUUCUCUUUGAAUUGAUCGUCAGGGAGUUAUUUAGCUAAUUCUAUGUAGAUUUUUCUAAUACUGUAUUGUAAUAAGUUUGAUUGUUUAAUCCUAUUUUCCCACUGCCCAUAAAACAUUUUUUUAUUA